UUCACGUUUCUCACAGUUGAGUUGUAAGAUGGCGGCGCGGUGGGGAACAGGCGAGGAUGUGUUAAAAGUCUGUAAUACUCAACUCUUCUCGAAUCUUGACGAGGCAGAGACGCUUCAGGGAAGUUUCACCAGCAACAGUCUGGAGUUUACCGGCUUUAACAAUGGAGAUGCACUGGAGGCUUUGCAUGGCUGCCUGGAUUCAUCCAUUCUGUCCAUUUUUGAGGACAGCCCCACUGGAGAAGUUAAAAGUGAUCUUGAUGAAGAAAGCGAAGCGACGCUGCUCACAGCUCUCACUGAAAUACUUGACAAUGUUGAUGAUGAAAACCUGUCCCCUUUUGACACUUUGCCAGAUUCUGACCUGUUUUCUGGCCACAAGGGUCAGGAACACUCACCGCUAAGAAAAUUAUUUACACGCUCUACUCCAGAGUCAGUUAUUCACACAAGACAGUUUCCUGGAAAGAGUCUCCCACGAAUGCAGAGACUUUCUCAGCAGAACAGUGAAGGAGAAGAGGAGGAAGACGGAGAUGCUAGUUUUUCAAUCCCAUUAUCCAAUAUUGAUUUGUUGUCUUUGGAUGGAUUUGAUUGGUGCCUUCCUGUGUCCUUGGAGCAGGACGGAGAGAGCAUGCCCAUCUCUCUUAGUGAAUUAGUUAAACACAUGCACCCUUACUGCAUGACACUGUGUGUGGAAGGAGAAGAGGGCCAAGAGCAUCUCCUGCCAGAGAGGGGGCUUGUUUUGGAAGUGGUUGAUCAAGGAGAGCAUGGUGAGCCCAUCCUGGCAAUCCCGGAUCUCAGCAUGCCUCUUUCUCAGGCAGACUCCACAGAAUGUGAGCAAAGCGUUCCAGAAAAUAGGAUUGAUAAACAGGAAACUAAGCAUGAUGAUCAUGCUAAAAAAGUCACGUCACCUUCUAAUGUGUCUCCUGUGGAGAAGGAGAAAGAAGUUGGCAUGGUAUGUAUAGGAAAAAAGAGAUGCAAAUCUGUUGAAACCCCUUUGGUUGAACAAAGAAUUUUGAGAAGCUCAAAAAUAAAAGAGGAGCCACAGAAGAAACCGCAAGAAGAACAAAAGAAGAAAAAGGUGACUUUUUCUCCAUCGCUCAAAUUAGCAGAACCUGAGAGACCUAAACUUGAUCCUCCAACAAAGGAGCCUGAGCCAUUUGUCGAGGAGAAGCAAAUCAUGACCUCUAAAGCUGAAACAAAAAUCAUUAACUUGACAGACAACAAAUCACUUGAAAAGCCUGUAGAGGAAGAACUGCCCUCAAAACAAGAAACUCCCAGUGAACAGCCUAGUGUUUGUCAGCGCAAUGAAACAAAGCCCAAACCUCUCAGCUUACAACAGUACCGUCUCCUCCGCCAGCAGAAGAAACCAGACCCAGUGGACAAAACAGAGGAUUAUAGCACUAAAUGGCCCACGUUGCCUGAGGCUCCCAAAGAACUUCCUCCAAUACCCUGCCUGCCAGAACCCAGCCUCAGAGAUCCACGUAAAACAUCCCAUAUUCCUGUUAAAAAAGACCCUGUACCUGAAAUCAUGCCCGCGUGGCACCCAAGAGGGCCUGCUGCUCCCCCAACACCUGAAGCUUUACUCGUCCCACCAGCUUCCUUGAUGGGUUCGUCUAGGAAACCUGUGAGUUCUAAAUCAACGUCUUCUGAAGGUUCAUCCCAGUCAGUCCACCCUUCACCUCUAAAACAACCUGCUCCCAUCACAGUGCAACAAAACACUAUUCAUACUGAGACCUUGUCUCCUAAAAGGACAGUAUCACAGCCAGUGUUCACUACACCUAAAGUCUCUACCAGCCUCAAAACACCCAGUCAAGAGGAAUGUUUACAUGGUAACCCCAAUGCUGCUCAUGCGGUUGCUUCAUCUAAAGUGUCCUUAAAGCCUCAGAUGAUCACUACACACGUUCAGAGCUCAACCACUAGCGCUCCUAAACCUUGUGCUGCUGUGCCUGCAAAGAGAGAGACCGAGCAGGUUGUUUUGGCCCCUGUGUGUGAGCAAGCCAAAACCACCCCGCCAACUAAUUCUAAAAAGCUGACCUCACAAUCACAGCCUCAUGUUGUGCCAAUAGCUGCUCAGCCAUUUUUCACAGCUCAGGUUCAGGCCAGAGUUGUUGAAUUGGCAGAGCAGAUGAGGAUGGCUUCUUCUGAGACCCCUAAACCAAAGACUGCUACGGUUGAGCUGAUUGAGUCAUUCACCAGUGAAAUUGGUAUUGAAGCUGCUGAUCUCACAAGCCUCCUGGAGCAGUUUGAGGAGUCUCAGCCCAAGGAAGAGCCGUGUGUACCGGAGGUCUGUGGUAGAGCAGCCGCUGUAGGAAACUCCAGUUUUGAGCAGGUGGAAACUAAAGCGCUUGGGAAAACACGCAACCAUGACCUGGGAAGCACAGCAGGCCUCACACCUCCAGCCACACCACCACACCAGAUGUGGAAGCCUAUUGCACCAGUUUCACUACUAGGGAAAACCAAGAAGUCUGAGGUCCUUAAAUCAACAACCAACAAGGCCAUUCAGAUAGAGGCAAGACCAUUGCCUUCAAAUAAUCUGCGUAGCAAGCCUCAGACCCUUACUGGACAGACUCAACCUUUCUCCCUUGACCACGACUACUGCCUCCCUCCUAAAGAGCCCAGUCAGAGUGAAGUUGGCAGCCGGUGGAAUGUUAAACAACAGUCAAGCAUUGUUAUCAAGACUGUUGAGCUGCCUUCUAACAAGCCGCUGCAAAACAAUGUCUCCAAGGCGGCUUCAACUCAUUCAGUUACAGAAGAGACACAGAAGAAUCUCAGCCUCAGUCAACCAUCUACAGAAACAAGCUGUACACUAAACAGUUCUGUUCUGGAGACUCCAGACGCUUCUCCAAACAGGCCUGACUCUGAAAGCUCCUUACUCAAUGAAGUAAACCAGCAGAAAUCUGUAGACUACUCUAAGUGUUCAUCCACUAAGUACCAGCAGGACAGAGGGCGUCAAAAACGAAGAUGCAGAGCCCCGUCCACUAGUAGUUCAGACUUCAGCUCUGAAUCCUCCUCCAGAUCACGCUCGCCACCCAGGAAAAGAUACAGGUCUCGACACUCAAGCAGCAGAUCCAGUUCCUCAUCUCGUUCUCGAUCCAGCUCCAGGUCAUUUUCUCCACCUCGCCGUCGACUGUAUUCGUACUCCAGCUCACCUUCUGGGUCUUGGAGCCGCAGCCGCUCUCGAUCCAGAUCCCGCUCCACUGAUCCUCAUGAACACCGCCGCUGGAGAAGUCGAAGAAGCCCUGAUCAGAGGCCUGGAUACCACCAUGUUCAAAAGAGCAGUGAGGAUACAAAAAGGCGCAAAGAAAAAGCCAUUGAGGAGCGACGGGUUGUUUAUGUUGGAAGAAUUUGUGGAAACAUGACUCGUAUGGAGCUGAAAGAGCGCUUCUUGUACUUUGGAGACAUAGAGGAGUGCACCGUACACUUCAGAGAAAAUGGGGACAACUACGGUUUUGUCACAUACUACAGCGUAAAGGAUGCGUUUAAUGCUAUUGAAAACGGAAGCAUUCUGAGGAAGCCAAAUGAGCUUCCAUUUGACCUGUGCUUUGGAGGGAGGAGGCAGUUUUGCAAGGCCAGUUAUGCUGAUCUUGAUUCAAACAGAGAGUACGAUCCAAAGCCUACAAAGGGCAAAUUUGAUGCACUAGACUUUGACACUUUACUCAAGCAGGCUCAGAAAAAUCUGAAAAGGUAACGAUUAGUCAAGACACAGGAGAGAAGACGUAUUACCUCGGUGCAAAAUGCUGCCCCACACUUCCAGUGUUGCCUUUCAUUUGCUGUUUUUAUUUUUAUUUUUUGUUUUAUUUUUUUUUUUGGUUUUGUUUGUUUUGCUUUUCUUUGUUUUUGUUUCUGCAAGUUUACACCUUCUAUUGAAGUGAAGGUUUGUAAGAAAAAUAGAAAGUGCAAAAAAAAAUCACUAUGGAAAAAAAUAUGGAAUGGAAAAAUAGAAUUUUUUAAAAGGAUUGAAUUUAUUUAAAUGUUUAAUCUGAAUUGAUUGUUGGACACAUUUUAAGAGGAAUUGAAUGAAAACAUUAUGUUGGGGUAUAAAGAUUUAUAAAUGAGUUUGUCAAGGUAAAUAAACCCAAGAUGAAAGAAUUUAUUUGUUUUCACUUUUCUCAGAUGUGUUCUGUCUGCAAUACUGUAUGAAUAUAAAUUAGGUAUGCCUUGAUUUUACAGAAACUGAAAAUUG